UCCUCGCUUGCAAAUCGGUGAAAUUUUCGCCGUCUACAACUUUAUACGUUCGUCGCGCAAAGUAGGCCUGAAACGGAGAAGCAAAACAAGGAAUCCGAGUGUUGUUGGCGAGAAGUAUGUCCGAGAAAAAGAGAUCAAGACGUCGAAAAGAAGAAUACACUGGACCGGGAGGUGUACAAAAAGAGGUUGAAAAACCAAGCAAAGAGGAGUAUGCCAUAGCAAAAUGGAUGAAAAAGAACGUUCGAACGAAGAAAACUAAAUUUCUUAGUCAUAAUGUGGAAUACUUUACAGCAUCGAAAGCCCUCGAUGCCCUUAUGAAAUCUCAUUUCGCCGAAGGCGACAAUUGCCUAUUCCCAUCUCGUGAGAGUGCAGUUGAAUACUUGGAUGUUAUGUUGGAGCAUAAAUUUUUCCAUCGUGCAAAGAAAGUUCCUGUCUACUUAGACGAGCUUAAAAGUGGUGGCAACAGCAAUAGUGGCGGAGCAGGCGGUAAGGUAUCUACGAAAAAGAACGGUGAAAAACAAGAGGCUGGAUCUAAAAAGGAAAAAGAAACAAAAGAUGAAAAAGACGAUGAGAAGGAAAAGGAAAAAGAGAAAUUAACCGAUCAUGAUAGUCAUGUUGAGGGAACUUCGGAUGAUGUUGCUUCCAAAGAAAAACGAAAGCGGAAAAUCCGUCUUGAAAUGCAUCCAGAGCAAUUGUUCGUUGAUGGUUCAGAAGCUUAUGUAUGGAUAUAUGAUCCCGUACCAAUCCACUAUUGGAUCUAUGGAACCAUUCUCGUAUUGGGGGCAAUCGUCAUCUGCAUGUUCCCAUUGUGGCCGCCAAUUUUAAGGAAAGGCGUAUACUAUCUAAGUAUAGCGGCUGCAGGAUUUUUAGUAUUUAUUUUCGCACUUACCAUAUUGCGAUUAAUAAUUUUCGUAAUUCUAUGGCUACUGAGUAGAGGCAAAUUGUAUUUCUGGAUAUUCCCAAAUCUAACAGAGGAUGUAGGAUUCUUUGCAUCAUUCUGGCCGCUGUAUGAGUAUGAAUAUAGAACCAAAGAGCAAAAAGGAAAGAGCAGUAAAAAGCAGAAAAAGAAGAAGAAAGACAAAGACAGCGAUGCAGAAGACGAAACUACAACAGCAGGCGGACUCCAGCCAGAAAUUAUUGAGAAUAUUAAAGAGCAUGAUACAGCCGACGAUGUGGUACAAGAUCUGCACGGGGAAAAUGACAGUGUCGAGAGCGGCGAAAAUAAUAAGGUUGAUAAUUCUGCCGAUUACAAGGAGACAAAUACCAUUUCGGAAAGUGAAUCGGAAGGAUCAAGAUCGUCGACCGGUAAAGAUUUUGAAAUGGUUGAUCCAACAGAAGUUGACACAUCAUAAGGAUAUACACAUAAA